GUGGGUUUGGACUAUUACAAAUAGAUAAUAUACGUCACAUAGUCUUUAAAGUUGUAGAUUCGAUUCAUAUCCUUGAAUUGGAGUUUGGGAGAUCUCGGCUCUUAGAGGUUUAGUUCGAUUUGAGGAUUAACGUUGGAUCGACAUGUUUUAGAUAUAAGCUGAAGUGGUGGGGAUGUUAUGGUAUGGUGCAGGCCACACAGCUGGAAAAUAUGACUCAACUUAUUCCAUCUGUUGCCACCUUAAAAACAACUAAUAAGAGUUUUAGAUUUAUGUCUGAUUAAUUUUAAGGAAAUAAAAAAAUUAAGGAAAAAUAAAAAACUAUUUAAGGCAUUUAGCGUAAAUAAGGACUAAUUUUCCAGCGUGUUUUCCGUUUCUGGCUUUACCCUAAUUCUGCUCUCAUAUAUUGAUAAUUAACUCAAUAAAAACUGAGCCAUUCGAUUUCAAACUCAGGGAAGAGAGAUUCUCUCUGAGAAGAUUGAUUUGCAGAAAACUUUUCUGCAAAUCAAUUCCAUCAGAUCUCUCUCCCUCUUUUAAUGUCUGUUCCUCAAUCUCCUGACCUUUCUUCCGACGUUAAUGGCUUCCACACCGAUGACCUUCUUCAUGAGGCUGCCUUCGCCAGCCGUGGCUGCUGCUUCUGGCUUCCUUGCCUGAGGUCUAAUCCAUCGAAGUCCUGGUGGGAGAGGAUUAGGGCUGCCGAUAAUGACGACGAGUGGUGGCUUCGAGGCUGGAAGAGGUUCCGCGAUUGGUCCGAAAUCGUUGCCGGCCCUAAAUGGAAGACGUUCAUUCGUCAAUUUCACAAGAAUCGCCAUCGCCAAUCUACUUACCGUUACGAUCCGCUCAGUUACGCUCUCAACUUCGACGAAGGUCCAGCUCUCGACGAUCCUUUCAGUGAGGACUUCAUGCGCCGCGACUUCUCCAUGCGAUUCGCCUCCAUUCCGGCCUCCGCCAAGUCGUCCAUGGACCUCGGCAAGGAUGGACCGUCCUUCAUUUGAUUCUGGAUGGAUAUAAUCAUGUGGCUCUGGAACCUCCGUGUGUUCGAUUGCUUCUCGCCGCAACCGCCGUGCGCGGUGGUCGGAGGAGGAGGAGGAGCGGAGGGGGUAUUUGCUUUUCGGGGAAGCGGGGAUUGUUAACAGUGGGGGUUAAUUUGUGGCCAGCGUUACAAUCUAAAAACUCGAUGAUUUAUUUA